AUGAAGAAGCUGGUCUGCGCGGUACAAACAUACGACUGGGGUCGCCCGGGCAGUGCCAGUGAGGUGGCAAAUUUGAAACGUGCAGCCGACACGCAUUUCGUUAUUGAUGAAAAAAAGCCCUACGCUGAGCUUUGGAUGGGUGUGCAUCCCAAUGGGCCAUCUAAAAUUGCUUCGAACGGGAAACUGUUGUCCGAAGAAAUUGCAAUCGCAAAAUCAUCCCUGGGAGCUCACGAAGGUGGAACACUUCAGUUUUUGUUCAAAGUGCUCUCCGUGAAUAAGGCACUUUCCAUACAAAGCCAUCCCGACAAGGUUUGUGCAGUUUCUGUCCCUUAA